GCGCGCGUGCGCACUGCACCCCCUCCCGCAGGGCCUGCUGGGCUGGCGGCGGGUGUACGGCGUGUGUCGAGCGGGAGCCGAGCUGCGGACAGAAAAUGUGGAGACCUGCACAGCUCUGCCACUUCCACUCGGCCCUGCUGCAGGGCAGGCCCAAGCCCUGGCCGUCCCCUGCCACCUUCUUCAGGAGGAACCUUGCAGCCCUGCCAGCAAGGCCCCUGAGGCCCCAGCCGCUGUGGAGGAAGGUGCUGUCAGCCGCGGCCCUGGGGGCGCCCCUGCUGCUCGGGGCGCGGUACCUGACAGCGGGAGCCCAGGAGAGGAGGCGGAUGCGGCUGGUGGUGGACGGCGUCGGGCGCUUCAGCAGGUCUCUGCGGGUCGGCCUGCAGAUCUCGCUGGACUACUGGUGGUGCACGAACGUCAUCCUGCAUGGGGUGGAGGAGAACAGCCCGAGGUACUUGGAAGUGAUGUCUGCGUGUCAUCAGCGGGCAGCUGACGCCCUGGUGGCGGGGGCCAUCAGCAACGGGGGCCUGUACGUGAAGCUGGGCCAGGGGCUCUGCUCCUUCAACCACCUGCUGCCCCCCGAGUACAUCAGGACGCUGCGGGUGCUGGAGGACAGGGCCCUCACGCGGGGCUUCCGGGAGGUGGACCAGCUGUUCCUCGAAGACUUCCAGGCCCCGCCCCAUGAGCUUUUCCAGGAGUUUGACUACCAGCCCAUUGCCGCAGCGAGCCUGGCCCAGGUGCACCGUGCCAGGCUGCACGAUGGUACUGCGGUGGCCGUGAAGGUGCAGUACAUCGAUCUGCGGGACCGCUUUGACGGCGACAUCCACACCCUGGAGCUCCUGCUGCACCUCGUGGAGCUCAUGCACCCCAGCUUCGGCUUCAGCUGGGUCCUCCAGGACCUCAAGGGGACCCUGGCCCAGGAGCUGGACUUUGAGAACGAGGGCCGUAACGCUGAGCGCUGUGCACGGGAGCUGCAACACUUUCGCCAUGUGGUGGUGCCCCGCGUGCACUGGGGCACGUCCAGUAAGCGCGUGCUGACGGCAGAGUUCUAUGAGGGCUGCAAGGUCAAUGACGUGGAGGCCAUCAAGAGCAUGGGGCUGGCGGUGCAGGACAUUGCAGAGAAGCUGAUCAAGGCUUUUGCCGAACAGAUCUUUUACACGGGUUUCAUCCACUCUGACCCCCACCCUGGCAAUGUUCUAGUGCGGAAAGGCCCAGACGGGAAGGCUCAGCUGGUGCUGCUGGACCAUGGGCUCUACCAGUUCCUGGACGAGAAGGACCGGCUCGCCCUGUGCCAGCUGUGGCGGGCCAUCAUCCUGAGGGACGAGGCGGCCAUGAAGGUGCACGCAGCCAAGCUGGGAGUGCAAGACUACCUCCUGUUCUCCGAGGUGCUCAUGCAGCGGCCCGUGCGCCUGGGGCAGCUGUGGCGCUCGCGCCUGCUGAGCCGUGAGGAGGCGGCCUACAUGCAGGACAUGGCCCGUGAGCACUUCGAGGAGGUCAUGGCCGUGCUCAAGGCCCUGCCGCGCUCCAUGCUGCUUGUGCUGCGCAACGUCAACACCGUGCGUGCCAUCAACAACGCCCUGGGUGCCCCGGUGGACCGCUACUUCCUCAUGGCCAAGAGUGCAGUCCGGGGCUGGAGCCGCCUGGCGGGUGCCAUGUAUCAGAGCGUCUACGGCGCCAGCAUCCUGCGCCAUGUCAGGGUCGUCUGGGAGACGUUCAAGUUUGAAGUGGCCCUGAGGCUGGAGACCCUGUCGAUGCGGCUCACUGCUCUCCUGGUUCGAGUUCUGGUCUACCUGGGCAUCAUGCCUGACACCGAGGGGCUGUCAAAGUACCUGGAGACCUAGGGCAUCCCGGGCAGGACCACAGAGCUCGUCCUACCACGCACCCGGCCAGGGCCAAGUGACUGAUUUGUUGGAGUACGGGAUGCCCUGGGGCCCCGAAAUAAUCACAACGCUCUUCUGAAAA